AUGGCUUUAAACACAAUCGCAGCCAUCGUGCUCACCCUUUUUGUUACGUUCAACGAUGUCCUUGCAGUUACACCGUCUCCUGGCUGCGGUAUAAACCAAGCUUCCGGCACAGUAUCCCACAAGACGACGGUUAAUGGAAAACAACGAUUGUACAUUACCAAUGUGCCAACCAAUUACAACAGCUCAAGUCCUCAUCGACUGAUCUUCAUGUUUCAUGGCCUCGGAAAUAGUGCGGCUGCCGUAGCCAACGGUCAGCAGGGCUUUCUACCCUUCAUGGGUCUUCCUCCUCUUGCCAAUGCAGACAGUAUCGGUGCUAUAUCGGUGGCUCCAGAUGGGCUAAACAGUGGAUGGGCAAAUUCCGGUGGUGAGGAUAUCGCAUUUGUUGACCAGAUGAUCAGAGAAAUCGAAGCCAGCCUGUGCAUCGAUCAAAAUCUCCGCUUCUCAACUGGAUUUAGCUACGGCGCUUCCAUGACUUAUGCCAUCGCAUGCGCCCGUGCUAAGCAAUUCCGCGGCGUCGCAGUUGUCUCGGGAGCCCUGUUAUCUGGGUGUACUGGUAAAACAGAUCCUAUCGCGUAUUAUGGUCAACACGGCACGAGCGAUGGUACAAUCCCAAUUGCUAGUGGGAAACAACUGCGGGAUACUUUUGUGGCUCUCAAUGGCUGCACCAAGCAAACGACUAUGGAUGCGGCUCCCGGUUCCGGUACCCUAGUCAAGACUCAGUAUCAAAACUGUAACAAAAACUUCCCAGUCACUUGGAUAUCUUUCGAUGGUGGCCACACAUCGACACCAACCACCAAGGGAGCAAGCAAGUCAUUUACCCCCGAAGAGUCUUGGGCGUUCUUCAAGCAGUUUACGUAG